AUGGCUCUGUGUCAGAAUCGAUUACAGGAAGAGCGCAAGCAGUGGCGGCGUGACCACCCGUUUGGCUUUUACGCCAAGCCCGCGCGUACAAAGGAGGGAAUUUUGGACCUGAAGAACUGGGAAUGCGGUGUUCCGGGCAAGGACAAGACUAUCUGGGAAGGUGGCUUGUUCAAGCUGACUAUUGCCUUUCCAGAAGAAUAUCCUACCAAACCCCCGAAAUGUGAGAUACUGAACAGCGCUAGGAUUGCCGACAUGACUAACACUCAGAAUCAAAUAGGCAAAUUUGUUCCUCCACUAUUUCACCCAAAUGUCUACCCUUCAGGCACUGUUUGUCUUUCAAUUCUUAAUGAAGAAGAGGCAUGGAAACCGGCGAUUACCGUGAAGCAGAUCCUGUUGGGUAUCCAGGAUCUCCUGAACGACCCGAACCCUGAGUCACCUGCCCAGGCCGAGGCGUACAAUUUGUUCAAGAGAGAUCGAGUGGAAUACGAAAAGAGAGUCCGCCGUGUGGUGCGCGAAAACCCAGCACCUUGA